AGGAACAAGCAAGGCAGGAGCUUCUCUUCCUCGCAGACCCUUCUCGUUCUUCUCCUCCACUUCUCAGUUCACUGCUUUCUGCUUCUUCUUCUUCUUCUUCUGUCGCGUUUUACAGAGAGAAAGAGAAAGAGAAGAGAUGGAAGGGAGAAAAUCAUUUGUGGAUGAGUUUUUCCCCAGAAAUAAUGAGAAAGCGAAGACUUCUAAGUAUGACAGCUUGGGCUCUAUAUUUCCCCCACUCUCAACGGGAGCUGGAAAGGAUUCAGAGUGGUCUGCUUCGUGUAGAAAAACUGAAACUGAGGCUGGUAAUUCCUGGGGUAGCACAGGCCAAAACCAGAGCACAGCCAAGAAGAACAGCAAGCCUCUCAACUUCUGUGAUUUGCCAGAAUCAUGUCUCAUGAGCUCUUCUGUUUAUUAUGGUGGGCGAGAUGACUACAUUCCUCAGACUUCUGCAACUCACAAUUCUGGAGCACAUUACAGUUACAAGAAGCAGAAUAAAGAAGAAGAUUCAGGGAAUUCAGACGUUGCCACAAGAGGAGACUGGUGGCAAGGUUCUUAUUACUACUGAAAUUUUCGAAUGAAGGGUCACAGGCUUUCUCAACAAAAUGAAGAAGAAGGUAAUUGGUGUUAAUUACUGCUGCAAAUAAGAUGACUGCCUGUGCAUUAGAAGAUAGCAAAUCAGCUGAACUUUUUCAAGUGAUUGCUCUUUCUUUUACUCCAGUUUAGGUAGCUAAUGGAAGAAGCUCUGGGUUGAUGCAACUGUGAAAGACAGGCAUUACCAAGCUUUGUUGUUGUGUUGUUUGGCGUUUUAGUUCCUUGGAACUUGUAAUUGUUAGGGAACAAUCAAGCUGGUCUUUCUGUUCUAACCUCAACUGUAGGGAGAAAGAAAGGACCAGUUGUUUAUGAUAAAUAGAUAUUUGGUUGGAAAUUCUC